AUGCAGAAGCAUCGUCUGCUGUGCAGCCUCCUCUUGGCCCUGGUAAUGCUGAGCGGCAUCCCGGCUCAUGUGGGAGCUCGUGACCCUACUGAGUGCAUUUGUGGGGCCCAAGCUCCCGGGGACGUUGUGAUAGGUAUAAUGUUGCCAUGUCAUCAUAAAGUGCAGGCUCUUCGUGAACGGAUUAGACCUGACAGCUUCCACUGCUCAGAUUUUGAUCUGGCAUCCUUUUUGAAAUCCUUGUCUGCAAUCCACGAAAUUGAGGAGAUAAAUAGAGCUGGCUUCCUCCCGGGAGUGCGUCUUGGAUAUUUGAUGUGUGACACAUGCUCAUAUGCAAGCAAAGCUUUGCAGAAUGUGGGGCAUAUGCUCGCAGUCAACAGUUCUCUCGAAAUACAGUGCGACUAUACUGACUUCAGGCCCAGAGUCAAGAUUAUUUUAGGAGCAUUGUACUCGGAGGUGUCCAUCGCUGUGGCCAGACUGCUGAAUGUGUACAUGGUUCCUCUACUGAGCAGCACCUCAUCUUCACCAGAACUGAGUGAUAAGCUUCGUUACCCAGUUUUUCUACGCACUGUUCCCAGCGAUAAGCACCAGACCAAAGCAGUCGCCACACUGAUGAAUCACUAUGGCUGGGACUGGGUCGGGGUGGUGUAUGGGGAUGACGAAUAUGGAAGAGCAGCUUUCCAGAGCUUCCUCAUAGAUGCUGAGACAAAUAGUGUGUGCUUGGCCUACCAGGAGGUGUUGCCUAAUUACCUUGAUAAUUCAUACAGCGUGCAACGUAUCCAGCAGGUCGCUGAGCAGAUCCGCUCCUCCAGUGCCCAGGUGGUACUGCUUAUCCUCAAGACACAGCUGGUCGAAGAUCUCUUUAAGGAGAUGAUCAGGACCAACACAUCAAGGACCUGGAUUGCCAGUGAUGGCUGGUCCAGGAGCUUGUCCCUUGCCAAAAUGGAUGGCAUAAACAAGGUUGGGGACAUCUUGGGCUUUAGCUUUGUUGCAGGCAAGGAUAUAUCAUUUGAUACUUAUCUCAAGAAUCUUACUGCAACCCCAGGAGGAUACAACAACUUCAUUGAAGAAUACAAGAACCUGAGAUUCAACUGCACCCCAGAAUGUUACUCCAGCAAGCCCCCUUCCUAUUGUCCCUCAACUGAACUCCUGAAAGCUCUGGAUACCAGUGAAGUCUUCUUAAGCAGAGUAGCCGUGUGGGCCGUAGCAAAUGCUCUCAAAAAGCUACUAAACUGCGGCAGUUCCACAUGCUUGGGAGAAAUUAACUUCCCACCAUAUAAGCUUCUUGAGGAACUGAGGAAGGUGAAGUUCGACCUUGACAGCCAGACUUUUUACUUUGACGAAAAUGGUGAUUUUGUAAAUGGUUAUGAUCUAAUCAUAUGGAAAAAGGAUGAACUCUGCAGACGAUUUGAAAGGAUUGGGAAAUACGAUGUCCUGACGAAACAAAUAGAACUCUAUCAGGAAAAUUUCACCUGGCUUUCAACAGCCAAUACCACGGUGAAGCUGUUGCUGUGUCUCUUCUCCACAGUCACUCUGCUGCUGACAGUAAAGAGGUCAUCAGGACCUCUGACUGUCUCUGUAGAUCCAGCAGAGAGGAGGUUUCCCUCACCGUCCAGCCAAAACACCUCAGGCUCUGCAUACCAGCUUUCAGACUCACAGUCUAAAAUCCCCAUAGCUCUAUUUCUGUCGGUCCCUAGUAAACUGAUGUCAGAUGUGGAGACAUCAGUAGUGGCAGCUGAAGGAACAUAUUGA